AUGGGUGCUUCUAAAGUUGCUGGUUUGAUGCUGUACCUCUCCAUUUUAUGUGCUGAAAUCAUCAUUUCAAGCAAUAGAAUGUUGGUGAGUGCACAGUGUCAAGGGAAUUUUCAGGGUCUUGUACAAGAAUGCUCACAAUAUGUUCAAAAAGGUGGGCCAAAACAAAAACCUUCUCAAGGAUGUUGCAAUGUUGUCAAGACAGUAAACUUGUCUUGUGUCUGCCAACACAUUACUCCAGAUGUUGAGCAAAUUAUUAGCAUGGAGAAGGCUGCCUAUGUUGCAGGGUUCUGCGGAAAGCCGUUACCUCACGGAACCAAAUGUGGCAGUUACACAGUUCCAUGA